AUGGGCAGCCUGCCCGACGACAACAUGUGCAUCUACUGCGACCGCGGGCAUGCUGUCACAUUCCACAUUCCCGACGCGACGCUGGAAUGCGGAAUGGGCACCAUGUGCGAUACAUGCUGCCGCAAGGCCUCGAUCAACUGCAUUGAACACAUCGACCGCAAGCGCCUGGCUCGUUUCCUGGCGGCCGCGCGCGUCGCGGGCCGUCCAGGAGAUUUCUACGACAUCUUCCCUGUGGACGGGGCCGAGUUGGGCGAGCUGCUCGCGAGGUGGUUGGUCGCCGCCACAGCUACAUUCCAAAAUGUCCGGAGUGGCGGGCGCCGAGUUCCGCUUAGUCCCGUCGCCGAGGGCAAGGUUACGCGUAGUCCCGUCACCGAGGACGGAGCCGCAGUGGCGGCUCCAGAGUUCGACGAUGCACGGGGCUGGGGGGGCUCCUACGUGGCAAGCGUAAUCGAGGCCGCGGAAUCGGAGCGGGAAGCCGCAUCGCUGGGGCACGGGUUUGUCGAUGAUGGGCACUGGACGCAGUGGUGGGGGAGCGCGCGCGACCGUGUACUGAUGCACGCAAGGCAGCGCACGCUCGAUGCCGAGCAGCGACUGCAAGAAGCUCAGCCUGCGUGGCACAAUGCGGUGCACAUCGAGUUCAUGCACAGGGCCUGCGUGAGGGCGCCAGCGGCGCAGGGUCGCAUGGUCGCAGCGGCGCGCCUGGCCGUAGUGGACGACGCCAUGACUGCCGCAGGGGCUGAGGAAUGGGAGACGUAUGAGUUUGAUACGUAUGAGGCCGCGAGGGGCAUCUUAGCCACCAUGACGAACGGUCCUCAUAAUCCAGUCUCCCGCUACUACGAAAGACAGCUGAGCUUAUUGUCGAGGUACCACCAGGUGGCCUUGCUUUACUCCGACUUCUGCGCGUCCUUCUCGCAGAGAGCGGUGCUCAGGACGUGGCUCGCGCUGCACCAGCGCCACCACCCUCGGGACCUCUACAUCCACAAACACCAGGAGCAUCUUCAGGGCCUGGGCGUGGCCCGGGCGGAGCUGUGGCAGCGCGCGGAGCAGGUCCGCGAGCAGGACCGCAAGCAGCGCCGCCUUCGCGCCAUGAACUUCGUGCUGGUGCCGCCCACCUCCAUCGACUGCUGCGUCUCGCUGCUUCCACCCCCGAAAAUACCAUGGUGGACAGACCAUCUAGAG